UAAUUCAAACAAUUUGGACAGUACAAGUGGUAUGACAUUUCAAACGUGAUCAUGUUGAAUUCAGUUCAUCUUAAUUAUUACACAUGUAAGUCUGAAUUGUUAAGAGCUUAUGGUGUUAUUUAAGGAAAUGGAGAAAUUGCAAAGAAAGUUUGAACAUUGGAGUGUUGGACUAACCCAUUGGGCACUGUGAUAAAUACCAAGUCUCAGGAAUGAUAAGUUGAUGAGUAACCAAAUAACUAUGAGAAGAAGAUCUGAGUGCAGUUUAUUAGUUAUUGCGCUGAUCUUUGUUACUUGCUAUUUUUCCUUGUUCCCACUUUCUAAUUCUUCAUCCUUGGAUGAAGAAAGACAGGCCUUGCUCAAGAGUGGUUGGUGGAAUGAUUACAGAAAUGUUUCAAACCAUUGUUAUUGGGCUAGUGUUCUAUGUGAUGAAGCCGGAAGUGUUACUUCGAUCGGCUUAUCUUCUCUGCUCCCUUUCACAAUUCCUCCAAUGCAAGAACUGCAAAACUUGAAUGUGACUGCCUUUCCCAAUUUGCAGUUUCUGGAUUUGAAUGGAAUGGGUCUGAGGGGAAGCAUCCCUGCAGAAAUUGGCACACUUACAAAGCUCACCUAUCUUGAUUUGUCUGACAAUAGCCUCCAAGAUUUUGGCACAGCUAGACUCCUUGAUCCAGAUUCUUCAAAUCAAACCUUGGUAGUUGGUACAUAUGGCUACAUUGCCCCAGAGCUUGCACAUAUACAUUGAUUGUCACAGAAAAAUGUGAUGUUUACAGUUUCGGAGUGGUAACUUUGGAAACAUUAGUAGGAAGACAUCCUGGAGAUUUGAUCUCAGCCUUAUCAAACUCAACUACUCAAAACAUGUUAUUGAAAGACAUCCUAGAUGCACGAAUUCCUCUUCCUAACUCUCGAAAAGAUGCUGAAGAUAUAAUGCUUGCUGCAACAAUAGCAUUAAGAUGUUUGUGUUUGAAACCAAAGUUCAGGCCAUCAAUGCAAGAGGUGGUUGGAGAGCUCUGUAAUUUCAAAUUGUUGACACCUUUUUCGUUCAGUGAGAUUUUGAUCCAUCAGUUGAUGACUCCAAAAGAACAAGAUGCACAAGUCUAAGCCAUCUUAAACAUCUUCUUUAGACUAGAUUGCACUGAAAAAGAGCUAGUUAGUUUUUUUUACAUAUAUUUCAACCAUAUUGUAAUUAAAGUCACAACUAUAGAGCUGUGUAGUAUAGCUACGUUCAUAAUGUGAAUAAAAGGAAAAAUACAGAUUAUAUAUCCUUUA